GUUGACUCAAUCUUUGUUGAGUCAACUCAAUGCCUUGGUGGGUCAGCUUAGUCUGUAACUGAGCCGACUAAGUUGACAGACAGAUGCUAGCAGGUACUGUUUGUCACAGAUUAGUCGGCUUAGCCUUGUGAUUGAGCCAACUCACUGUACUGAGCCAAUUCAAGUCCAGAGUGAGUCGACUCAAUUCUAUGAACAAAAAUUUUUGUAUGAGAUACAAAAUUAAUUUGGAUUCAAGAUUGAUUUGACAUCUGAGUUAGACCUAUGAAUUUAAUUAAAAAUUAAAGAUAAAAUUAAAAGAUCUAAUUGAAAAUUCAGAUUUGAUACAAAUUUCAUAAGUCAUGGAUCACGAAAGUGGGUAGUUCAAUUAGGUCUAGUGGGAGCGAUUGAUCAAAUCGACUCAAGAGUUGAUUAGGUUGGGUCAAGAGUGCUUCAGACCAACCUAAUAAUUGUAGUUUGGUCAGAUCGAUUAACAGUCAUAUAUUAUCGAUCAACUUAAGACCUAAUUUGGCUGAGUAGUUUGAGCCUAGAUCAAUAGGUUAAUCUGAUUGAUUCUAAUCAACUAAUUUGGUGUCUAAGAUAAGUACAUAGAUGAUGAUCAGAGAGCAUCUCGUGAAAAGUGGUUGGAUUAUGAUAACAAAGUGGGUGCUACGUGCUGUCCUCAAUGUCUAGCAAAUUACAGCAUCAGCAUGAGGAUAUGUAGACUGCCAGAUAGAUUCUGACCCAUCUAUAAGAGUUGUAUAAUGAGCAUAGUCACGCAGCUCGCUUCAAAAUAUCCAAAUGACUCUUCAAGAUGAAGAUGCAUGAAGAGCAGUCGGUCCAUGAUUAUUGUCUGAUAAUGAUCAAAGACCUGGAAGAGCUUGAGAAGCUCGACAUAUCCAUAGACAAGGAGCUACAGAUUGAUCUCAUUUUGCAGUCUCUGAUUGAUUCAUAUGGGCAGUUUAUAGUAAACUUCUAUAUGAAUAAGAUCCAGUGCACCCUCACUAAGUUAAUGAAUAUGCUGAUUAUAAUAGAAGGUACCUUGAAGAGUUCAAGGGGCUCUGUACUUUCUGUUGAGCGGAUUUCUUUCAAGAAAAAGUCUACUAGGAAGAAUAAAAAGUCGGAGAAGAAGAAGAAGGUGGAGGGAAAGAUGAAGGAAAAGAAGGUAGCUCCGAAGAAAAAGGCUCCAAAGAAAGGAAAGUAUUUUCAUUGUAACUCUGAUGGCCAUUGGAAGUGGAACUGUCCUGUUUACCUGACAGGCCUGAAGAACAAGAGAGAAGACGAACCUUCUGAAGGGUCUUGAGGAUAGCAGAAGGUUGAGGGAUGGUGAAAUGGUCCUACAUGUUGGGAAUGGAGUAAAAUUGCUGCUGUGAUCGUGAAAACAUAUCCUCUUCUACUACCGUCAGAAAAUAUUUUGCUGUUGAGAAAUUGUUAUUUUGUACCUUCUGUGAGCAGAAAUCUGAUUUCUGUAUCUUGUUUAACAUAAAAAUCUGAUGCAAAUGGGUCUUUCAAUACAAGGAAGGACUUUCAGAGCAGGGAGGUAUUAGGUACAAGGCGAGAUUGGUGAUCAAGAGAUACUUCUAGAGAGAGGGUAUUGAUUUUAGUGAAAUCUUUUUUCGCAUCAUCAGACAUACAUCUAUUCGGAUACUAUUGAGUAUAGUUGUAGCUCAGGAUUUGGAGCUAGAGCAUAUAGAUGUCAAGACGGCAUUCCUCCAUGAAAAUUUGGAGAGCAUAUAUAUGGAGCAGCCACAGGGGCUCAUAGAGCCAGGAUCAGAGGAAAAAGUGUGUUUGCUGCAGAAGUCAUUGUAUGGAUUGAAGCAGUCGCCAAAGCAGUGGUAUAAGCACUUCGAUUUAUAUGUGAGGGGCAUCGGACUUUUCAGGUGUGAGUAUGAUCCAUGUGUCUAUGUGAAGACUCUAGAGGAUGAGUCUAGAUUAUAUUUACUCCUAUAUGUAGAUGAUAUGAUGAUAGCAUGUAGGAAUAUAAAAGUUGUGUAGGAACUUAAGGAGGCCUUAUCUUGGGAGUUCGAGAUGAAAGAUUUGGGGUCUACAAAGAAAAUUCUAGGCAUGAAAAUCCUUAGGGAUGGAGAAAAGGGGCUGCUAUAUCUAUCUCAAGGUGGUUAUAUAUAGAAGGUCCUUGAAAGGUUUGGGAUGAAGGAAGUCAAGCCGACAACACUUUCACUUACUAGGUACUUCAAACUUUCGAAGGACAUAUCACCACAGACAGAGAUGGAGGCUCAAGAGAUGGAGAGAGUGCCUUAUGCCUCAAGGAUAGAAAGCUUAAUGUAUGCGAAGGUAUGUUGUAAGCCAGAUCUUGCCCAUACAGUGAGUCAGAUCAGCAGGUUCAUGGCACGGCCUGGCAAGGAGCAUUGGAGAGCACUGAAAGAGAUUUUCAGAUAUUUGGUGGAUACAAUUGGGGUUGGCAUCUGCUUUGGACAGUGAGGUACUGAGGGAAGUUUCAACUUGGCCAAAGGAGCUCUGGGGCAGAUUGAAGGAUAUGUGGAUGCAGAUGUUGGAGGAGAUGUGGACACUAGGCGUUCGACUAUUGGGUUUAUUUUCAGUAUGAAUGGGGUCCAAUCGCAUGGAGAUCUUGCUUGCAGUCCAUUACACUCUUAUCUACCACUGAGGCUAAAUACGUUGGAGUUACAGAGGCGGUAAAGGAGGCACUAUGGCUGAAGAGACUGUUGUUGGAGAUGGGCUUCGCACAGGGGGCUAUUAAGAAGCAUUGUGACAGUCAGAGUGCAUUGAUGUUGGCAUAGAAUUCUAUCUAUCAUGCUAGGACGAAGCAUAUAGACAUCAAAUACCAUAGGGUCAGAGAGCUUGUGGAAGAAGGUGGAGCUAGUGAAGAUGCACACUUCAGGAAAUCCAGCUAAUGCACUUACAAAAGUUCCUCCCAGGGAUGGCUUCUACAAAUAUGUGGGACUAAUGGGAUUACUGGAUAGAGUGGAGCUUGCUGAGGCUAUGGGGCACUAAGAUGGAGAUUAUAAAACCUGAUGUGGUGCUCCUAAGCCUCAGGAGAACAAGAAGGCCAACAGGAGAAGGAAGCCAGAAAGAUGACAACAGCAGCAGUUUAGUCUACUCACCCUUAGAUUGGAUCGGACUAAGCUGAAGGUGGGUCGACUAAGUCUGAGAUAAUUACUAUAUAGGGAGCAGCAUAUCAGUUUCUCUGGCGUGGCAUGGUAACUAAGUCGACCUAGUUUCUGGAUGGAUCGAUUCAGUCGAGGUGAGUCGACUCAGUUAUAGUGUGGGUUGGCUAAAUGUAUAGUUAGACAGAAAGGUGCACUUUCGAAAGUCUGAAGAUAGCAAGAAACUUAAUCGCCUCAGUCUAGGUGUGAGUCGACUAAGUGGCACACUAAGUCGACUCAGUCUCAACUGAGUCGACCCAGUUCGUGGGCUGACAUUGUUUUGAUUUAGGAUCGGAUUUGAUCCUAAGGACUUAGGACCUUGGUUGGAGAGGUUUUGAGGGGGCUAACCUUGUGUUUAGGCUUGGAUUAAGUCCAAAAGAAUGUGUGCAUAUGAGAUAUGGGUGUACAUGGGUUCGGAGAGUGCAUCACAUCAGGUUAGCCAUUUGGGAGUUUUCUUUGAGCAUUGGGCUUGACCCAUUUUGUAUAAUAUUUAUAUAUUGUAAUUAGGUCAAGGAAUAUACACAAUGAAUGAAAUUUGCUCUUUCUCUCAAACCCUAGCUUUCUCUUCUCUCUUUCUUCUUCUGUUGCAUGCCCUAGGGCAUCAACGAUCUCUAGGUUCUUUGGGUUCAGAUUAAUUUCUGGUAUCUCCACAUAACUAGAUUUUUCGUAACAAAAUUCUUCUCCUUCCACUGCUUCUUUCCUCCUUCAUCCCAACCACUGGUGGCUUCAACGACCCUGCCACUGCUGACAUCCUCCUCCAACUC